CAAACUUGGUGGAGCUAAAGCCCUCCUUAAGAGCUAUCACUUUGCCAUGUUUUAUCUCUUAAUCUAUAAAAAUUUCGCAGAUGUAAGCAUUUUGUUAAUUUCCAUUUUAAAAUUUCUUAAAAAAUCAAAGCAUGAACCGAUGUGAUUCAAAUUUGGUAUGGCUAAAGCUCUCCUUAAGUGCUAUCACUGUGCCACGUUUUACCUCUUUAUCUUUAAAAAUGAGGGAGCUGUAAGCAUUUCUGUUAAUACCAGUUAGCCGAAUACUGAACGGUUCUUCGAGGGUAAUUCGAUGGGGCGGAGAGAGGGGAGGGGCUCUGAAAUCGAGGCAGAGAAUCACCUCUAUGGAGCUCCAGAUCAGUUUUUGAGGAAGACCCACUUCGUACACUCCUAAUACUCAAUACUCCAUUUGAACAGAAACGAAGAAAGUAUGUUUGCUCAUGCUUUGGAAAGGGGCUUGAUUAGUUGGCUCAGUCCCACUAGAGCAAAUCACUACUUCUCAGCCUCAUGUUCCCCUGUCUGUGAAGUGGGAAAAGUAAACCAAAUCACGAAGCUUCUGUGAUAUAAGAAUAGUGUAAUGGGACCCUGGGGUCUACUCUACUGGCUUUGUUGAGAGACCAGCAGCCUUUUGGCUCCUCUUAUACCUGAACUGUUCCGUCUCCAUUCAAGCUGAUCAUUAGAAGAAGAACAAUGUCACUUUUAGAAAUUGUGCCUGAACUUGUUUAUUUUCCUCUUUGUUCACCAUCUCUUUUUCCUCUUAUAUCAUGUCCACUAGAUUGUAAGCCCACAAAAACAUAUUUGUAUAAUACAAAUGUUAUUACAAUAAUAAUAAUAAAUCUUCAAAUACUACAAGUGCUAUAGAAGUGAUGAAUGAUAAGAUCUAAGGCUCUUUAUAUUUCUCCAAUUCCUUGAAGACAGUGGUUAAAUUUUGAUGCCAAUGUUGUAUUCAAAAGUGACUUCAAAAGAUUGUAACAUUUCAGGCAAGUCCAAAAAAUGGGAACUCUUCAUAACAUCAAAGACUCUGUCAGCAUUGGUCCAAUAGAUUUUGACAUCUGUGGCAAAGAUGCAGCAGCAACAUCUUUGCCUAACCACAUGAACGAAUCUGCUGGAAAUGAAACAGAACAAGGAGGCCCAUUCUUGCGUUCAGUCCCAACCCGGGAAUCUCUCCGAUCCCCUCGGGGUUCAGUCGUGAGCUUCCACAACAUCCAGUAUUCCAUCAAGGAGUCCCGUGGCUUCCCAGGCAAGCGGACAGUGGUGGAGAAGAGAAUCCUUCAUGAAGUAUAUGGCAUCAUGAAGCCAGGCAUGAAUGCUAUCCUGGGGCCAACUGGCAGUGGCAAAUCUUCUCUCCUAGAUGUUCUGGCUGCUCGAAAGGAUCCUGCUGGUUUGUCUGGGCGUGUUCUCAUAGACGGUGUCCCACAACCUCCAAAUUUCAAGUGCAUCUCAGGAUAUGUUGUUCAGGACGAUGUCGUUAUGGGCACCAUGACCGUGAGGGAGAAUUUGCUCUUCUCUGCAGCUCUGCGGCUCCCUGGCUCUAUCAGCUUCCAGGAGAAGGAAGAGCGAGUGGUUCAGAUUAUUGAUGAGCUGGGGCUGAACAAGGUGGCUGAUGCUAAGGUUGGAACUGAACUAAUUCGAGGUGUGUCUGGGGGAGAACGGAAGAGGACUAACAUAGCAAUGGAGCUAAUCACCGAGCCUCCGGUGCUGUUCCUGGACGAACCCACCACGGGCCUCGAUGCCAGCACAGCUAAUGCUGUACUUCUCCUGCUGAAGAGGCUCUCCAAAAGAGGCAGAACCAUAAUUUUCUCAAUUCAUCAGCCUCGUUACUCCAUCUACAAGCUUUUUGACAGUCUGACACUGCUGGCUUUGGGGAAGGUACUCUAUCAUGGGCCAGCCAAGGAAGCACUGGAGUAUUUUCAUUCUAUUGGGUAUGAGUGUGAGCCUUUCAACAACCCAGCUGAUUUCUUUCUUGAUGUGAUCAAUGGUGAUUCCACUGCUGUGGCAGCAAGCAAAUGUGAUCAGGAACCCAAGAGAAAAGAAGAGCAGAAUCACAUUGGUGCUUUUGGUGCUUUUAUUUCAGAGAGCAAUGAUGAAAAUAACGCAGAGGAAGAAAACAUGGAGAAGACAUUGGUAGACUUGCUGCACGGAAAAUACAUAAUCUCCAUCCAAUGCCAGGACAUGAUGGAGAAGUUAAAGAAAUUGGAAAAUGGCCCGGGGAACUCACAGAAGAAACCAAGGCAUAUGAAUCAAGUGACAUAUGCAAAUAGCUUCUUCACACAACUGUAUUGGGUGUCCCAGCGCUCCCUCAAAAACCUCAUCCGAAAUCCCCAAGCUUCUGUAGCACAGGUCUUUGUGACCAUUGUCCUAGCAUUGAUUGUGGGGACCAUUUUCUUUUGUGUAAAGCUUGAUCAGAGUGGAAUUCAAAAUAGAGUUGGAUCUUUGUUUUUUAUCAUCACAAACCACUGUUUCUCCAGCAUGUCAGCCAUUGAACUGUUCAUCCGGGAUAAGAAAUUAUUUAUCCACCAGUAUACUAGUGGGUACUACCGAAUCUCAGUAUAUUUCCUUGCUUUGAUGAUUGGAGAUUUGCUACCCAUGAGGACCAUGCCUGCAAUUAUAUUUUCAUGUAUAAGCUAUUGGAUGAUUGGCUACCAGAUGGUAGUAAGUCGAUUCUUCUUCUUCAUGCUGACAUUGGUGCUCGUGUCCUACACAGCCACCUCAAUGGCCCUUGCUGUUUCAGCUGGAAUGGAUGUAGUGGCCAUUGCCAACCUUCUUAUCACUGUUUGCUUUGUCUUCAUGAUGAUCUUUUCUGGCUUAUUAGUGAAUCUCCCCUCUGUAAUGAGUUCGUUGAACUGGCUGAAAUACUUGAGCAUUCCCAGAUAUGGCCUAACGGCCCUUGAAGUAAAUGAGUUUAGAGACCUGCAUUUCUGUGAAGAUAAUAUGCUGAACACCACAGAAACUCCAUCAGUGCACAAUUGUCCCCAAAGUUCUUGGCUUGAACAAAUGUGCUAUGGUGAAACAUACCUCUGCAGCCAGGGAAUAGAGCCAACUAACUGGGCCAUGUGGGAGAACAUUGUGGCUCUUCUGUGCUUGACAGUCAUCUUCCUCCUGAUAGCAUACACCAAAAUCCGUUUUAUGAAAAAGUUCACCUAACAGCCCCAUUCAGCUGCAGCCAGGCCUUUCCAGGUUCAACUAACACAAGCUGUUUUUUCUAUUAAUUUGGAAGACCAUAUCGGACCACUCACCCACAUAUAUACACACACAAACACAGUUGAUGUUUAAUCUACUUUUCAUACAAGAAUGAUUGAACAAUUUUGUUUUUAAAUAAAGUUCUACCUAUUUACUA